CCCAAUGUGCCAGCAGCUGCCACAGCCGCAGCUACCGUUGGAGGCUGACCCCCUAACACCAAGCACAAAGAGCCGAUCAUCAUGUCAGACGGCUACAUGUGGUAUGAAGGGAUAGCUUUUCCCGUCGUUGAGUACAGCUCUGAAAUCCUAAGAAAAGUACGUCAUGAGUUUGUGCUAAAGGACGAAGAUGUAGUAGCAGUGACUUACCCCAAAUCAGGAACGCACUGGCUGGCAGAGAUUCUCUGUCUGAUCCAAUCCAAGGGGGAUGCCAACUGGGUCCGAUCCGAGCCCCUCUGGGACCGCACGCCCUGGGUAGACAACGAACACGGGUUCACAUUACUGAGCCAGAAGGAGGGCCCGCGCUUCCUCAACUCCCACCUCCCCAUCCAGCUCUUCCCCAAGUCUAUCUCCAGUUGCAAGGCCAAGGUGAUUUAUCUCAUGAGAAAUCCCAAAGAUAUUAUUGUAUCUGCUUAUUUUUUCUGGAAUUCAGUGAAUCUCGCUAAGAAACCAGAGUCGAUAGAACAGUAUCUCGAAUGGUUCUUGGAAGGAAACGUGGUAUACGGGUCAUGGUUUGACCACGUUCAUGGCUGGCUGUCCAUGAGAGAGAGGGGAAACUUCCUGCUGCUGAGUUACGAAGAGCUGAAAUGGGACCCAGAAAGAACCAUAGGGAAGAUCUGUCAAUUCCUGGGUAAGAAGAUGGAACCUGAGGAACUGAACUUAAUCGUCAAGAACAGCUCCUUUCAGAUCAUGAAAGACAACAAGAUGUCCAAUCUUUCCCUCCUGGAUGAUGUUUAUGUAGCUAAAAAAAAUCCGCUUAUGAGAAAAGGCGUAACUGGAGACUGGAAAAACUACUUCACGGUGGCCCAAGCUGAAGCCUUUGAUAAAGUAUUCAAGGAGAAGAUGGCAGAUCUUCCUAGGGACUUGUUCCCUUGGGAAUAAUGUCCAAAAUAUCUCAUAUGCAUGCUGACAUUUGUCCUCCUGUCCCUGUACAUGUGCAUGAUGGUGGGGGGGAGGGGUUCAUGGCAGAAAACCUAUAAUUUCAUCCUGGAGCCUUAAAAUAUGAAAUCUUUGGCCGGGCGCGGUGGCUCACGCCUGUAAUCCUAGCUCUCUGGGAGGCCGAGACGGGCGGAU